GACAACACGAGCAACAAUGACACUGCCUGUGACACGAUCGAAACGAUUCUACACCGCCGACAUAUCUACUCAUUUGAUACUACUCAGCACCGCCUCCCAUGCCUUGCCCACAUCAUUAAUCUAUCCAUUGUCGACAUCAUGUCUGUCAUAACACGCAUUGUGAAUGUUGAAACUGCCUCAGCCAUAUGGGAAUUUGACCCA